CGGUACGUGUCAUUCACUGAUCUACGUGUAGUUCAGAAAUGCAGACACCCCUUCUCCUCGUCACCCUAUUUCAGCAAGGUUUCACAGAAGCUCUCUUCAUUAGCAAUUCCACACACCGGAGAUCGAGAAAGUACACUACUCUUUGAUCAGCAGAAAAACAGAGUGCAAGAAAGAAACUUGGCGUCUUAACCAUGGCAACCAUGUAUCUAGCAAAAGCCGCUCUCCUCAAAGCUUCAAGGCCUGAGAACCCUUCUGUUUCUUUCCGAUCUCUUCCUACCCGUAAAGUCUCGAGAGUUUGCUUCGCUUCUGCUGCCAAUCACCCAGAGGGUCGCAAUGCAGCGGAUGAAAUGAGAGAAUCGGGUUUUAAAUACAUGGCCGACAGAGCCAACAGAUCCACGAGGGAAGCAGGGGACAACACUCUGGGCAUGACUGAUAGAGCUAAAGAAACUAUAUAUGGAGGCAUGGACAAAGCAAAGGAGUACGCAAAUGAAAUGAAAGAAACGGCGAGCGGUAUUGCUGGGUCGGCAGUUGAGGGGGGCAAGGAAGGAACGGAGAGGACGACGGGAACUGCGCAGGACAUGACGAACAAGUUGCGCGACGCGAGUGGGUCGAUGGUCGACAAGGCUAAGGAAGGAGCUAACCAGGCAGCGGGAAGUACAGAGGAGGUGACGAACAAGGCGGGCGAUAAUUUGGGGUCGAUGGCCGAUAAGGCGAGGCAAACCAUGCAGGGUGCAUGGGAAGCGGCCAAGGAGACGACCCAGAAGAUCAGAGAAUCGUUUGUUGGCAAGGGAGAUAAUGAGGCUGGGGAGAGGACGAUGGAUGAGAGGUUGGAAGAUCUGAAUAAGGGUGGUUGAGUUGAGGUUCCGAACUUCGGAUAUGAAACGUUGAAGGAUUGGAUUAUUACACCAUCAGUUUAUCAGAUCCUCCUGUACUAUGUUCUUGUUAUUAAUUAUAUGAGUACGUAGAGUGGACGCAUGGCACUGGUUUUCAAUCUUUGUAAUAGAGUUUUUAUAUAAAAUUAUAUGUAUCUCAGUAUAUAUAAAUCUAAAUUCAUCACCUGGGGGCGGUUGGAUUGGUCGAA